CUCCGGCAGGUGGGGGUGUGGUUCUCCAACCGGACGCUGGCGAUGGACGCGGCGACGUUGGCGCUCAACGCCUCGGACAGCCUGGCCAACAAGACCCUCAUCAUCACCACCAUCCUGGAGAACCCGUACGUGAUGCGGGUGGGGGGCGCGGGGGGCCCCGAGCGCUACGAGGGUUUCUGCGUGGACAUGCUGCGCGAGCUCGCCGCCCUCCUCAAGUUCCGCUUCCACAUCAAGCUGGUGGAGGACGGGCUCUAC